AUGGGUACGACAUUGACAACAGAGUCCGCCCCUGAGCUUCCUCCGGGAUAUGAGUGGAUGGAAGAUGUCAUCGCAAGAGAGCAGCAAGCCCAAGACAAUCCUCCCCUUCCUUCAUAUCCAUGGGAAAGCAGAGGCCUUGUUACCAUUGGCAGGACACUGGUCUUUAAGAUGCCUAAAGAUGACGACUGGGAUAAACUGGACAAAGAAAACAAGAUGGCUCGCAAACGCGAGUACCUCUGCCAACGGUACAAUGAAAUCAACCUGUCCUUUGAGGAAGAUCCCCCCAAUGUGCGCAACAAACGUGGACCGAUCCAAGUGCCCAAGAAUGACUACUACGCACUCUUCGAAGUAUGGGACUCUCCGAAUGCCGAGCCUCAGUACCACAUCUCCAUGACUCUGUUGGAACACGGUUUGGGCCUGUUGAAUGACGAAUUCAAGAAACUACACCAAGACCUGGUGAGGGCUGCUCUCCAACAUAUAGAAGCAGCAGAGAAGGCAGCAAAGGAGGCAGCAGAAGAAGAAGCCAAGCGCCGAGCGCUACUCAACAGACCUGUCGGCAAUGAUGAGGCCGACAAUAAAAAGGCCGACAAAAAAAAGAUCAACAAAAAAACGGACAACAAGGAAGACAAGCCCAAGAAAUCCUCUUCCAGAGCACCCCGAGGGCCUGCAAAGAGAAAGAGGGCCACCAAGCCGUCCAAUUCAACUGCCAAAUAG